AUGCUGCAAGAAUCCUGGAAUCUUGGACUUAAAUGGGAUGAUGCCCUGCCAGAAGGUCUAUCGAAAGGAUUUUGGAACUGGCUGAAGGGUAUAAAGAAUCUUUCAGAGGUCAAAAUACCUCGAUGGAUGAAGCUGAGUCAAGAUGAAGAAGAAGGAAAAAAGGAAAUUAUUUGGAAAUUUAUACCACCAUCAGCUCCAUGGUCGGGAGGAUGGUGGGAGCGCCUUAUUGCCUUAGUAAAAGACCUUUUGAAGAAAGUUCUAGGUCGAGCAUGCCUGAGUUACGAAGAAUUGAAUACGAUUCUAUGCGAUUGCGAAGACAUCGUAAAUUCAAGACCCAUUACCUAUGUUUCUGAACAUGAUGAUUUGAAACCUAUAACACCAUCUUCCUUCAUCAGAGAACGUAGGAAAGAUGGAAUUCCAGAUCUUGAACAUUUGAAACUAUCUCCUGAGUAUUUUCGAAAGCGGCGACUGUAUAGGUGUAAACUGCAAGAAGAUCUCAGAAAUCGAUUCCGACAGGAAUACUUGGGGCAGCUGAGGCAACAAACUAAGAAAAUGAUAAAAACCCACGAUUUCAAGGUGGGAGAAGUGGUUAUUGUCGAAGUAACCAAUCAAAAACGUCUGAAUUGGCCUCUGGGGAAAAUAACAGAAAUAUUCCCUGGUAAGGACGGUUCAGUUCGUCUUGUGAAAGUAAAAACGAAGAACGGCGAAUUUCUGAGACCUGUACAGCGUCUCUACGCCCUUGAGGUUCAAACGCCUUCAGUAGAGAAUCUACCAGAGAAGAGAGCAUCUGAAAUUGAAGAUGAGAAAGAAGAGGCAGUACAACAGCAAUAUGUUGAACAUUCCGAGAAGCUACCAGAAUCGGACGAAACGUCUUUGCCAAAUCUAAAUGCCAGGAAAACCCGUUUCGGCCGAAAGAUUCAAAUUCCCAAACGACUGGACAUGUGA